AUGGUAGGUUGCCGCUAUGUGGCGUUGCACGGUAGGUCACCGCCGGGUGGCGCCGUGCAGACCCCCGACCCCUACGACCGCAUGGUGCUCGUGGCAGCAUUUGCCGUGUCGGGCUACGCGGCGACCUACUACCGCGCCGGCUCAAAGCCGUUCAACCCGCUGCUGGGAGAGACUUACGAAUGCCUGAGGGAGGAUCGCGGAUUCCGCUACAUCGCCGAACAGGUGGGUGAGAGGGCGCCACCUAUGUACAGGGGCAGGAGGCAAGGUUGGCCGCACAGGAGUCUUCUGACGCAGUCGCUGUCCAAUGAGAGCAGCUCGUCGCUCGCCGAAUUCUUCGAUGCCGAGGACGCGAUGUACUCUGCAGCCUCUGACACCGAGGCAUCCGAGUCGGAGGCGGAGAUAUCGAGCGACUUCAGCGACGAGGGCACGGAGUAUCGCGAAGUGCAGAGCGUGACCGACUACUCGGGCGACUACAGCCACAACGUGCAGUUCCGCACAGGCCGGCGCUCGCGGCUGCCCGCCAGCAAGCCCGACGCGAGCAACUUCAACAUCUGGUCGCUGCUGCGCAAGAACAUCGGCAAGGACCUGUCGAAGAUCUCGAUGCCGGUGACGCUCAACGAGCCGCUGAGCACGCUGCAGCGCAUGUGCGAGGACCUCGAGUACUCCGAGCUGCUCGACAAGGCCGCGCAGACGCCCGACCCCUACGACCGCAUGGUGAGUCAUCAUCCUCCGGUUAGCGCGUGCCACGCUGACUCGAAGAAUUUCAUCUACUUUGCGGACAUACGGUUCAAAAACAAGUUCUGGGGACGUUCGCUCGAGGUUCAGCCAAUCGGAACAUGCACUGUUGUUCUUCCAAGGUGGAAUGAGAAGUAUAAGUGGAACAAGGUAACGACGUGUAUUCACAACCUGCUGGGUGGCCAACGCUGGGUCGACCAGUACGGAGAAAUGUUUAUACAGUGCAACGAUAUCACAUGCAAGAUGGAAUUUUCCAAGGCAGCAUAUUGGUCUGAGAAAGCGUCGGAGGUGCAUGGAGUCAUCACAGACCCUCAGGGCAACACCAUCAAGCAGAUAUUCGGCAAGUGGAACGAGACAUUCUACUGCGGAGUGGCGCCAUCUGCAAAAUGCGUCUGGCGCCCAGGUGCCAUGCCGCAGGACUACGAGCAAUACUACGGCUUCACGAGGUUUGCCAUCGAGCUGAACGAGCUGGAGUCGGAGCUAGCCAAGUUCCUGCCUCCCACGGACACGCGCUUCCGCCCUGACCAGAGAGCUCUGGAGGAAGGUCUGGUUGACCUGGCCGAGGCGGAGAAGCUGAAGGUGGAGCAGAUGCAGAGAGAGCGCAGGAAGAACAGGGAGGAGUCGAGCAUCGAGUACGAGGCACGCUGGUUCAGCGUGGCUGACACGGAUGACAGCGUGGCUGACACGGAUGACAGCUUGGUUGACACGGGAGACAGGGUAGUUGAGACGGUGCCAGGAUAG